GUGGCCCUUAUCUAUAUAACGCCGUAACUACACGACUAAUAUAAGGUCGUUUCUUUUUCUCUAGAGCUAUGUGUCCCACGACAAUUACAGGCACCCCAACGCUCUAUGCUCUCUAGUCCUUGGAAUCUGUCUUCAGAAAGGGGGGGGGAUAACCGGCCCCCUCUCCCCUUACGGCGGGUUGGUCGCUCGCACCGGCGAUGGCUAGCCGCUCCAGACGCGUGCGUGAGCGCGAGCUGAUUGGGGGCGGGCCAACUGCCGCAGAAGAGAGGGAGGGCGAGAAGAGAGAGGAUAUCGCUGGCAGAGUAAGUGUGGGAGAGGCGCGGUACUGGGUAAGAACAGCCAAUCUCUGGGCUAUAUCUCAACUAACCCCCUAUCUUACUGGCGUACUUUGUUCAUCCUUACUGCUUGGCCGUCUUCGGAAGCAGGCUGACUGGCUAGGAGACUAUGUGAACGGAGAAGGCCUAGGUCCCGAAGGGGGGGCUGUUUCCAUACUUGCAUACUACCCGCCCCCCAUCCUUAUUUGGCGCUACCGUAACCCUAUAACAGCUCGAGCCGGCGGCACCUUGCGAUCCGCUGCAGCACAGGGUAUAAAUAGACAUCGCCUACUCAUGUGGAAGCGUAGAUAUAGGAAGAGAGGGGGGGGGGGCUAGAGACUUGACAGUAUGAUGUGGAGGGGAAUCGCCGGUUUCUCGAUGCAAUAAGGGCAAUGGCGAUAACUACCAUAGGCUUCGAGAACAAUGAGAUGAAACUUAUCAUAGGUUAGAGUAGGAGGAUAAGACCGGGCUCAUGGAGCGGGACCGAGACCGGAACCGGGUAUGGGGCCCGAAGGCUGUGGCCGCCAUACGAUGUGAUCAUUAUAAUAUAGGAGCCGGGAAAUGGGCGGACCUAGUAACGGAGAAGUCUAACUACCUAAGCAUCAAGGCGUACGGAUACUAGAGGAGGCACGUAUAGGCCCCGACUAUCGGGGGAUGGGUGAGUUGUUGGCUUUCCACGGCAUCCGGUCCCCCAGCGCGCGCCACGAACCCCCCCCCCCCUCCCCUUCCCCGG